AUGGGGAAACAAGCCAAAGCCACGAAGAAAUUCGAGAAGAACCGUCUCAAGUCAACCAUCGAUCGGAGAAAGGAGUUUGCAAAAGUCAAGCAGAGACAUCAGCAAAAUGCUAAGAGGAAAGACAGAGCCGCCAAAAGGGCAGACAAAGCAGCAGACGAAUCAAAUUCAGAGGGGGAAUCUGGCCAAGAGAAUGGUCCUGACAUGAAUGAAGAUGAAUACUUCCAAGAAGCCAUUGACAUUCCUGAGCCAGAGACAAAGACAAAGUCGAAGAGUAAACCUAUAAAGCGCAAAAGAGAUGGACAGGAUGAGCAGCCGGAUUUAUCCUCCGUAUCUGAAAGUGUUGCAUCAGGCGAUGAAGACCAUCAUAAAGAUCAAUUAGCUGCCUUGGCCGAGAAAGACCCUGAGUUCUACAAAUACCUCCAAGAGAACGAUGCGGAACUGCUCGACUUCGACGAAGAUGAUGACCUAGCUGAGGUGGAUGCCCUUAGCGAGGAAGAACCACCAAACAAGAAACAGAAGACUAAAGGAGCAGCUGAGGAUCCGAGCAUGCCCGCAGAUGUGACACCGAUAAUGAUCGGCAAAUGGAAGACCUCCAUGAGUACCUCUCAUUCCAUCCGAGCACUACGACAAGUUGUCCUCGCCUUCCGCGCGGCUGCUCACGCGGAUGAAGAAGAAGAUAAAACCUUCCGGUAUUCCAUUCCAAGUCCAGAGGUCUACCAUGAAGUUUUGAUCACCGCGCUGAAGGAAGUGCCCGACGUUCUAACCCACCAUCUCCCGGUCAAAGAGUCUGCGAACGGCAAGCUGCGCAUUCCGACAGAGUCUCCGAAGUUCAAGACACUUGCGCCGCUCAUCAAAUCACAUGCUUCUUCCUUAUAUCAUCUUCUGGACCAUCUGUCUGACACUAACACCUUGAGGCUGACGCUCCAAUCGUUUGAGCCGUUGUUGCCGUAUCUCCUGCAAUUCCGCAAAUUCCUCAAAGUUAUCACAAAGGCAGUUGCCUCUGUCUGGUCGGACAAUUCUUCUGAUGAGGCAACACGUAUUACUGCCUUCCUCGUGAUCCGACGGCUCAUCGUCAUUGGCGAUGCAGGCAUCAGAGAGACUGUCUUAAAAUCCACCUACGAAGGAGUCGUGAAAGGUAGCCGGAACACAACUCCCCACACCCUUGCCGGCAUCAAUUUGAUGAAGAACUCUGCUGCUGAACUAUGGGGUAUCGACCAAAAGGUCAGCUAUACAACCGGAUUCACCUUCAUCCGACAGCUUGCGAUCCAUCUUCGGAGCAACAUAACCAAACCGACUAAAGACUCGUACAAGACAAUCUACAACUGGCAAUUCAUACACUCACUUGACUUCUGGUCACGCGUGCUGUCAACGCAUUGCAAUUCGCUUCUCGAAGCUGAAAAUGGGAAGCAAUCGCAAUUGCGACCACUAAUAUACCCUGUCGUUCAAGUCACUCUCGGCGUGAUGAGACUAAUCCCAACAUCCACCUAUUUCCCUCUCCGGUUCCAGUUGAUGCGGUCUUUGCUUCGCAUCUCGCAGGCAACCGAGACGUAUAUUCCGCUGUCUGCGGCAUUGAUUGAGGUUCUAAAUUCAGCAGAGAUGAAGAGGCCUGCCAAAGCAGCCACGCUCAAGCCGUUGGAUUUUGCCUCAAACAUCAGAGCCCCGACCUCCUACCUGAAAACAAGAAUCUACCAGGAAGGCGUUGGAGAGCAAGUAAUCGAGCUCUUCUCCGAAUUCUUCGUCCUCUGGACCAAGAGCAUUGCCUACCCGGAACUACAACUACCCACAGUGGUCAUGCUCAAACGGUGGAUCAAAGCAGCCUCCAAAGCCGACGGCAACCGCAAUGGAAAGCUCAAUCAGGCUCUGCUUCUACUGGUCCAAAAAUCAGAAGCGAAUGCCCGAUGGAUCGAGGAGAGGAGGAAUAAGAUCAACUUCUCGCCAAAAGAUCGCGCCGAGGUAGAGACUUUCUUGAAGGGUGUGCAAUGGCAAGAUACGCCGCUCGGGGCGUUUGUGGUGGCACAGAGGAUGCAGCGGGAGGAGAGGAAGAGAGUUCUUGAGCAAGGUCGCAAAGAGCAGGAGCGCAGAAAGAAGGCUGAGGUGGAAGAACAGGAUGACAUCAAGAUGACCUGA